AUGACUUCUAGUUUAUUAGUUCAAAAAAUGAUGUCAAUAAAACUAAGUACAGGCGAAUUCGAAAAAAUAAAAUGGCUUAGAUCCAAUAAUAACGAGAAAACUUUUAAAACAGUUUCAUCAUUAAGAAAGUUAUUACAAAAUCCAAAAUACAGAAAAACUUGCAGACUGUGUCUCAAACCAGGCAACAAGAGGAUGUUUGACAGCAAUGAUUUUGAUGUAGCUGUCGUAAUCAAACAAAUGUUGCAGAUACAGGUAACCCAGAAUGAUGAUAAACCGCAGUACAUUUGCAAUGCAUGUGAAGUGGUACUCCGGAAUGCUCACCAGCUGAGGCAAACUGCUGAGGUCACCCAGUGGAGACUGCAGCAGGAACUUGAACUAAUAACAAAUAUGGAAUCAGAUUCUGAAGAGAAAGAGAAGAAGCCUCAUGGAGGCUACUUUGUGAAAAAAGGCGCGACUGUCGUACGGGAAUGGAUUUGUGGAAAAUGUCGACAAACAUUUGAUAGCCAGAAGAUGUUCACGGAACAUGGAAAACUGCCGUGUUCUCGCGGCGAGAAGAGUUUUGUAUGCGAAACGUGUGGGCUAGAGCUGAAGUCUAUGACAAGAUUGAAGAGACACAUGCUUAUUCACACGGGGGAGUUGCUGUAUCCAUGUGUUCAGUGCCCAUACCGGGCUCGUACUAAGUAUGCGCUGAUGGUUCACGAGCGAGCUCACAGCGGCGAGCGACCCCUGACCUGUCCACACUGCCCGGCCACCUUCCUCAACUCUUCAAAUCUCGCGUCGCAUAAGAGGAGACAUCUGCCACCAGCCUAUCAUUGCCAUGUGUGUGUCAAGAGCUUUAGAUUUAAGGAGGCACUGCAAAAUCAUUUGGCUACACAACAUAGCACAGCUAAGCCCCAUGUCUGCAAUGCAUGUGGAAAAGCCUUUUCAACCAGAAAGAUGAUACGACGUCACGAACGUAGAGUCCACAAUAGACCGAAGUUGCGUUCUGGAGUCCUGCCUACAUACUUACGACAGCAACAGCAGGAACAAAUGACAUAA